AUGGCGGUCGCUUCCAUCCGCUUCUCCGUGCUCGCGCUCGCCCUGAUGUCGCUCGCCGUGGUUUCCUUCGCCCAGGGGCCGGCCGCCGCCCCAUCGAAGCCUCCCGCCACGGCCCCAGUGAAGCCCCCUGCUCCGGCUCCUUUGACGCCUCCCGCCGCCGCCCCAUCGAAGCCUCCCGCCACGGCCCCCGUGAAGCCCCCCGCCGCCGCCCCCGUCAAACCCCCGGCCACCUCCCCCGUCUCCACUCCGCCGUCACCCGCUCCCUCAGCGAAGACCCCUGCCGCAUCCCCUCCCGGCCCGCCGACCUCCGCGAGCCCCUCCGAGUCGCCCGCGUCCACACCGGCGUCGGUGUCAACCCCCCCUGCGACUGCUCCCACCACGCCAGCAGGGGAUAGUGGCGCCUUCGCCCUUCCCGUCAGCUGGACCGCUGUUGUGGCCGCCGCAGCUGCGGUGGCCCUCGCGCUGUAG